AUACGCAAACUCGAGACUGUGCGAAUUUCACCUAUGGCGCGAUUUAUAUUCUUAUAAAAACGGUGUAUGGUAUAAAGAUAUUCUAAAAUUGAGCGGCGCCGUAAGACUAUAGCGAGGCAAGAAAGCGAGACCCACUCGAGACAAAUCGAAAGCUUUUUAUGAUAUGUUUCAAUGAACCCGUACGUGUAUAUGUAUACUAUAUGCGAAUACAUUUAUUGUGCUAUGUGGCCUGUAUACUCGAUUCUGCAGUAUGUAUAUACCCAUAAUUCCACAUCGAUUACAAGAGCUAAAUAAUAAUGGGCCACGAGUAACUAAGCACGCCUCGUAUAUAUUUACGUUAUAGGCAGACGUGCUGUCAUAACUUUCCAUUUACUCAUGCCGCAGACACCAGCCGCCGUCGUGUGCACGCUGCAUGUUUCCGGAGUAAAUAAAUAAACAGAUCACCUACGAUUGUGUUUAUAGAGAGACCCACACGCGCGCACAGAGACGCAGAGACACAUUUUCAGACGCGCAGCUUAUACAUACAUGUCAAGCAAGAGUGCCUGCUAUGCGCAAUAGGUAGUCGCGCGUGGAAAAUCGAAGACUGUCCCAAUGAGAGAGAAAGAGAGAGAGAGAAAGAGAGAGAAAGAGUCCCGCUGAGUUGUACGGUAGGCAUGUAUAGUGCGCGCACGCCAGCCUUAGCGAGUGCAUCGCGUACGGCCGCCGCGUCGUAGAGACGACGACGCAGCUACUGAUUUUCUACUGCUGCCCGCUACGCUCGUUCGUCGUGUUCUGCCGUGUUUUCCUUUCUCCAGCGAGUCCCAGUGUUUCUUCGACAACAAUACCAGUCAAAACUGACAGUUUGUACGUUGCCGUAGUGCAGCCUAUACCUGCCUGCGCUUUUCGAGUGUGUAUGUGCGUGCGUGAGUGCGUGCUAGUGACUCGAUGACUUUCCAGUCGGCAGGACAGGUGCGCUUGUUUUUUAUGUGACAAACAAUUCAAAAUAAUGAAAGCGACAGCUCGAAAUGCUUCUCCGAUUGUACACAUAGAAUGGCCCGAGGUCAGUUAAAAGAUUUGACAUCCUGGAUGGUGGGCCUUAUUCCAGAGCCAUUCGAGACCAAAAUGUUUGGCUUCAAAACGAGUGGCUCAAGUACAUUUUAUACUGAUUUACAUAUCACAGAUGACAAGGAUGAGGAUAAGCCUGUCUCUAGUGAUAACGACAAGACUGCUCAAAGGAAUUCAAAAAUAUUAGAAUUACAAAGUGCAGCUAGCGAAGAUGGAAACUCACAGGAUUCUGAUUCUCUUGGAGGAACAGAAGAAACCAACCAAUUUCCUAGACAUUCCUUCCACAGACUUGCUAGUUUUGGUGGCUUUCCAAGAUUUAGGCCUUUUAUUAUGUCAACAUCAGCUUCUGCUGUUCACUCUGAAGAUAGCACAACUAAGGAAACAAUGUAUGAGGCUACGUUAUCUAAUAUGUCACACAGUGUUUUGGAAUAUAGAAGCAGCAGUUAUGUGGUCACUGAAAAUAGUUUUCAUGAUAGCUAUGCUAACAGUGAAUCUGAAAGUGAUGAAGAAUCAGAAGAAACUCGUUCAUCUGAAACUGAUUCUGCCAUUGUAGCAGAUCAUGUUGAUGAUUUAGUAGCAGAAAAGAAAUUACAGGCUAAAAAGAACUCAAUAGAUGAGAAAACCAAAAAAGCCAGACACAUUGCCCAUGAAAUACUAUCUACGGAAAAAACCUAUGUUAAUGUUCUGUACCUCAUAGACCAGAUAUUUCAGUUUAGGGUUGAUCAAGAAAAUAGAGCUCAUCCAAUGUUCCCACCAGACACCGUUCAACACAUGUUUUCAAAUAUCAAGUCUAUUUAUAAGUUUCACAAUGACUUUUUGCUGCCUCAACUAGAGGAAAGAAUAAAAGCAUGGGAUGCUGAUCCGAGAAUAGGAGAUAUCAUGAAAAAUUUUGCUCCUUUUUUAAAAAUGUAUACUGAAUAUGUUAAGAAUUUUGAUUAUGCAAUAAAUCUUAUAAGUACCUUGCAACAAAAAAUUCCAAGGUUUGCAGCUAUUGUAAAUGAAAUACAAAAAAUGGAUGAAUGUGCAAAACUUUCACUUGCCCAUCAUAUGCUUGGCCCUAUCCAGAGAUUACCUAGAUAUGAGCUAUUGUUGAAAGAUUAUUUAAGGAACCUUGUUAAAGAUAACCCUGAUUAUGAAGAUACCAAAAAAGCUUUAGAGUUAGUUUCAACCGCAGCUAAUCACACGAAUGAAGCUAUGAAGAAAAUAGAUAAGUUUAAAAAGCUUCUUGAAAUCCAAGAAAGUAUUUACGAUUCUACCGAUCUAGUCAGUGCGACGCGUGAGCUCGUAAAAGAAGGGAAAAUCGUUAAAAUUUCAGCAAGAAGCGGUGAUCAUCAAGACAGACAUAUGUUCCUAUUUAGUGACAUGCUGCUGAUAUGCUCUCUGCGCCUUAUACCUGGACCUCUGUAUCGACUGCGUGCCAAAUUCAUGAUCGAGAAUCUGCAAGUGAUCGAGGGUGACAAUCUGGAAACUGCCAAUACAUUUUAUCUGCGCGACGGAAAUAAAAGCGUGGAGCUUUACACGCACUCGGCGUCGGAGAAAGCCGCCUGGCUCGAUGCUUUGUUCGAGACGAUGCAGGAAAUAAUGCGCCGCAAAGCCAGCCUGAAAGUCAAUGGCUCGAGCUCAAGCGACAGCAACGGCAACGCCAAAUCGGUAUCGACAACGGUCAAGGCUGACGAUGUAACGCGCUGCAUGGUCUGCGAAACAGUAUUCUCCGUUAUGAAGCGCAAGCACUCCUGCCGCGCUUGUGGCAUUAUCGUGUGUGGAAAAUGUUCAAACCAGAAGCUCAUUUUCGAAGACAACAAGAGUAUGCGCGUCUGUCGCUUGUGUUACGCGGCUCUCACACAGACUUUGGGUAAAUCAACGCCUGCACCCACCACUGCACCGGGGCUGCUUCAAGUGUCAGCAGGUGCAGCAUCCGUCCUGUCAGGCUAUCUUUUGCUCAAAACGCAAUCCGGGAAGCAUUGGACGCGUCGCUGGUUCGCACUUCACAAUGAUUUUGUACUCUACACAUUUAAAUCGGAAGCUGAGAUGGCUGCACUUACGGCUACGCCCAUGCCCGGCUUUACGGUCACGGAUGCCGACUGUCUUGAUGAUGAUGAUCCUCUUCACACCAAGGAUAGAGUCAGAGCCAUUAAAAUUCAUCACUCCCGCAGAUUUUAUUAUUUGCAAGCUUCAACGGAAGAAGAUAAAAAAAGGUGGUUGGAUGUAUUACAACUAGCAGCUAAGGCGGAAUUACCUGACGCAACAACCGAAGAAGUCAAAAAGACACAACCAGACAGUCAAUAAAAUAAUAAUAUUAUUAUUUCCGUAAAAAUAAAUACGCGAAAGUAUUUAGCACUGAUAUUACAAAAUUUAGCCAAUUUCCAUAUCACGUGAGACGUCAAAAAACGCAAUAUGCGGCGAAGUAGUGCAUAAGUGUUGAUAGAGUAGUAACAAGAUUGUUGAUUAAGUUUUUUUAGUGAGGAAUGUAGUCCGACGAUAUUACUAGAGGUUUUCGGAUAAACUGAUUCUUCAAUAGUGUUAUGGUGUACUUUAUGAAGAUAUAGCAAAUUUGUAAAAUUAUGCUAUAAGAUUCACAGUCAAUUUUGUAUGUUUCACAGUUUAUGUGAAUAAAAUUUAAACUUCUUUGUUAGAAUAUGUACAAGAAAAAAAACAGCGACAUUGGAAAUAUUGCCGCGUUUUUAUAUACGUAAUUAAAAAAUUGAACAAAUUUUUAACGACAUUUGAAAAUAAUCAUGUUUUGAAGAUCUUUUGCGAGAGUUCGACCAGUCGAGUCUUUUCACUAACGAUGUCAAAAAGGGCAUUUGUUAUUUUUGUAAUAUUAUGUUAUAAUCUAUUUGAAAUAUUAUAUUUACAUCGUUCGAUGGACUAUAGUAAAACUAUAUUGAAAAAACUAUAGUAUUGAUAGACUGCAAUUGAAAUUACGAUUCUAAUAAAAGAUUUAUAAUUAAUGAACAAAUCGCGCUAGAUAAAAAGUGGUUUAAUGUUAAAAAAUAGGUCAUUUUAGCUUUUGGUAAUUAUAUUAAAUGUGAACAUAUUUAACAUUAACAGCAGCUCGCAAUUACUGAAUUCUGUGAUUUUUGAGAUGAUUUAAUUCGUCUCAAGUAUUCGCGAAGUGUAUAGCAAUUUUGAUACUUUGCUUUAGUUACAUUUUGAUAGAUCAUAAAUUAUGCUUGUAAAUAUGUAUAACUUUUUAUUAUAUUUAAUUAGUUAAUGCAGUGAUAUUUUUAUUUAUGAAAGUAAUGUAUUCAUUCAUAGUGAAAUUUAUGAAUCAGAUUUGAUCGUGAAAUUUUUUUUCGAGAAAUGUUCUUGGUGUGUGCAGUAAAUAUUAUUACGCUUUUUGAAUUUUUUUAUCAAUAACUAUAUGAUUAUUUCUACAGUACCUAGCAAUUGAUGUUCCAUUGACGUAUUUACACUUACGUACAAAAAGAGAAACAUUAGAGGAAAGAAAAUGAUAAAAAAGCGUAAUGUUGACUGAUAAAAAUAUAUAAUAUAUUAUAGUAUAUUGAUAUUACAUUAAAACAUAUUUCAUCUGUUGCAUUUACAAAAGUAUGAUGUAAGAAAAAAAAUGAAAUUAUAUGCAUGCAUCACACAUGAACUUAUUCCGUAAUCAUAAUGAACUAAACACAAGCACCGGAUAUAUUUCAUGAAAUAUAAAUUCCAAAGUAAAGUCUUUGACGAUAAUAAAUUUGUUGGAGAACAAUCUUUCAGUAUUCCACUGAUUUCCUGAUUCCCAUGCACAACAA